AUGGUGCGUAUUGCAAUUUUGACAAUUUUCGCUUUUUUGUUGAUUGUGCCAACAGCUACUCGCAGCACUCUGCACAAAACUCAUCAUGAUGGCUCAUUUGUUCAUACUUUUGAUACAAAAGAAAUGUGUAAGGCGAGAUGUCGUAUUAGCUGCAGCCAGCAGCAAUCACAAGACUUGAACAUGCUUCGAUGGUAUUGCCCAUCUAAGGAAGAGGACAACAGUCAAAUUGAAGAAGAGGAAAGUAGCUCAUUUGGCAGCAAAAUGCUCAUUAUUGUUCCAUGUGUCAUCUUCGGAUCUCUUCUAUUCCUCUUCUUUUGUGUAUCAGCGAUGCAAAGAUUCUGCAUGAAAAAAGUCGCAAACUUGCCGGAAGAUCCGUCUCAAUGGAGCUGUAAAGACGUUGGUAAUUGGCUGAAAAGUAUCGGAUUGGAUAAAUAUUCGGAUUUGUUCGAGAAACAACAUAAAAUCGAUGGCGAAAUACUAUUAUCUUUGAAAGAUAACGAUUUGAAAGACCCACCGGUCUCAAUUAAUUGCCUUGGUGAUGUGAAGAAGAUUAUUUUUUCCAUUGACGAGCUUUCCUCAGAUGUUUUUGAAAGAGAGAAACAAAAUGUUCUGCGAAAGCGGCAAUUUAACAAAAAUGAGCGUCUAUUAGUUCAAUAUAAUGAGCAAAAUCGGUUAUCAAUCUCGGGUGAAGACAUUGUAACCACUACUAGAAAAUCAGAAGUGGUUAGCGAUCAAGAUAGUUUAAUGGACACGCUGGCCAAGUCAUUAGACGGUACCACGACAGUUCAGCUAAUUUCAAGAGAGGAGCUUAUUCGAAAAGUGGAAAGUCCUGACACUCCUUCCAAAUCUGUAGCAAAACUUCUUUUGGCAUUUCUCUAUUGUUCUACAUCUUUUCUAGUCACUGCUUUUGUCAUGGUUCUUGUCCAUGAUCGUGUUCCAGACACGAAAAUGUAUCCACCGCUUCCGGACAUUGUGCUCGAUAACGUACCCCACAUAUCAUGGGCGUUUGAUAUGUGUGAGGCGAUUGGACUUGUCCUGGCUUCCAUCUGGUUCACAAUUUUAUUCUUUCAUCAGGAAAGGGUUGUGAUUGCCCGUCGUAUGUUUUCAUUACUUGGCACUGUUUUCCUUUUGCGGUGUUUCACCAUGCUAAUAACCUCAUUAUCCGUCCCAGGAAAUCAUUUGCACUGCGAAGCUAGACCAAAUACGACGCUUGGAGAGAAAUUGAAACUAGCGUUUCAUAUUUGGUCAAAUUUGGGAAUGUCGCUCCAUGGCGUGAGAAGCUGCGGAGAUUACAUGUUCAGUGGACACACAACAGUUAUCACAAUGAUUAGCCACUUUAUCACUGAAUACACACCGUUGGAUUGGAGCGGGCUUCACUCAAUCACUUGGGUUCUCAAUUCAUUCGCUAUUUUCCUAAUUCUCGCAGCCCAUGAGCAUUACAGCAUUGACGUCUUCAUCGCAUUUUAUAUCAGCUCUAGAAUGUUUCUUUACUACCACGCUUAUGCAUACAAUCAUGCUAACAUUACAGCUAGUGAUGACAGAAUGAGAAUUUGGUUCCCAUUAGGAUGGUUCUUCGAAUAUGGAUCAAUUGGAAAGGUAGAAAACCGAUAUAGUAUGCCAUUUACUAUUCGUAUUCCCGGAUUAUUUCAUCGAUCUCAACCAACUGUUAAAAAACAUGAAAAGUCGCAGAAGAAGAAACAAUCAAAAGUAGCUGGAAAGUCGAAAAAGCAUUAG